AUGAGAACACAAGCUCUCCUCAAAUGGAAAUCUACCCUUCACAACCAUAACCAUUCUUCCCUCCUUUCGUGGACUCUUUAUCCUAACAACUCCACCAAUUCUUCUACCCACCAUGGAACGGCAACCGGUCCAUGCAAAUGGUAUGGGAUAUCCUGCAACCAUGCAGGGAGUGUCAUCAGAAUAAACCUCACAGAGUCCGGUUUAAGAGGUACGCUCCAAGCCUUCUCAUUUUCAUCUUUUCCGAAUCUUGCAUACGUUGAUGUCUGCAUCAACAACCUCUCUGGUCCUAUCCCACCCCAAAUCGGUCUCCUCUCCAAGCUCAAAUACCUCGAUCUGUCCACCAACCAGUUCUCAGGAGGGAUUCCACCGGAAAUUGGCCUAUUAACUAACCUUGAGGUCCUGCACCUGGUUCAAAAUCAGCUCAAUGGUUCAAUUCCUCAUGAAAUAGGUCAGUUGUCGUCUCUUUAUGAGCUUGCUUUGUACACCAACCAACUGGAGGGUUCUAUUCCUGCUUCUUUGGGUAAUUUGAGUAACUUGGCCACUUUGUAUCUCUAUGAAAAUCAACUUUCCGGUUCCAUUCCUCCAGAAAUGGGAAAUCUCACCAACCUUGUUGAGAUAUACUCGGAUACCAACAAUCUCACAGGUCUCAUCCCUUCCACUUUCGGAAACUUGAAACGUUUAACCAUGUUGUACCUAUUCAACAAUCAACUCUCCGGGCAUAUCCCACCAGAAAUAGGAAAUUUGAAAUCUCUGCAAGGUCUAAGCCUCUACGCAAACAAUCUUUCUGGUCCAAUCCCUGCGUCCUUAGGUGAUCUCAGUGACCUAACCCUCCUGCAUCUCUAUGCCAAUCAACUUUCCGGUCCCAUUCCUCAAGAAAUAGGUAACUUGAAGUCUCUUGUUGAUCUAGAACUUUCAGAAAACCAACUCAAUGGUUCCAUUCCUACUUCACUGGGUAAUCUGACCAACUUAGAAAUUUUAUUCCUCCGUGAUAACCAUCUUUCUGGUUACUUUCCUAAAGAAAUUGGGAAACUUCAUAAGUUGGUUGUGCUAGAAAUCGACACAAACCAGCUGUCUGGCUCUUUUCCGGAAGGCAUUUGCCAAGGUGGAUCUCUGGUGCGCUUUUACAGUGAGCGACAACCUUCUCAGUGGUCCAUCCCUAAAAGCAUGAAAAAUUGCACAAACUUAACCAGAGCUCUGUUCGGGGGAAUCAACUCACUGGAAAUAUAUCUGAGGUAG